UUGUCAUUUUUUAUAUAUUUUAUUGAUUAUACUUCUGUUACAUUUAAACAUGGAAAAUAAUGCGGCAGAUAUGUAUAUUCCGGCCUUUUAUGCUGGUCGUAGUAUUUUUAUAACCGGUGCCACUGGCUUCAUAGGCAAAGCUCUCGUAGAAAAGCUUCUGCGAUCAUGUCCCGAUAUAAUAGAAAUAUUUAUAUUGAUAAGAACCAAGAAGGGACUGAGCGUUAAUGAUAGGCUUAAAAAAAUGUUAGAUAACAAACUUUUCGACAAACUACGAAGCGAAAAACCAUCCAGUUUUGACAAAAUCAUUCCCAUAACAGGAGAUGUACUUGCUGAAAAUUUAGGAUUGCUAGCCAGUGAUCGCGAAAUCUUGAUUGAUAGAGUAUCCAUAAUUUUCCAUAUUGCCGCUAGCGUUAGAUUUGAUGAAGGACUCAAAGAAGCAGUCUUCAAUAAUACUAGAUCGACACGUGAUAUUUGUAUUUUAGCCCAAAAAAUGAAAAAAUUGAUAGUUCUUUUGCACGUUAGUUCUACGUAUACGCAAACCGACAAACCCGUAGUGGACGAGAUUUUAUAUCCUUCAGAAUUUGACUGGAAAAAAAUGAUAAAGAUUGCCGAGUCCAUCGACGAACACGUUCUUGAAAUAUUAACAGCAAAAACUCUAGGAACGAUACCAAACACUUAUACUUUUACUAAAAAGUUGGCUGAGCAAGUGAUAAGCGAUUAUUCCAGAUCAUUGCCUUGCGUACUGAUCAGGCCAUCGAUUGUUGUAUCAACAUCGUUUGAACCUAUUGUUGGCUGGAUUGACAACUUCAACGGGCCUGUUGGAAUGUUAGUUGGUGGCGGCAAAGGCAUAUUGCGUGUGUUGUGGUGUGAUCCUAACAUUGUUUCUGAUUUUAUGCCAGUUGAUGCAACCAUUAAAGCUCUGAUAAUUGCAACUUGGAAACGUGGAAUCAAAACUGAGAACAAAACAAUUGAUGUCUAUAACUGCUCUGGAAAUGGUAUAAAGCCCUUGAACUUACAAAAUAUAGUUCAUUCAGGCAUUGACAUUAUAAAGGAUAUACCUUUGGAAAAUUUAAUUUGGAACCCAAAAACGACAAUAACCAAAAAUUUUUACAUAUAUUAUAUAUCGGUGUUAUUACUACACAUUUUCCCGGCAAUUUUUUUGGAUGGUGUUUUGAAAUUAUUUGGUGUGCGCCCAAUCUUGCUCAGAUUACAAAGAAAAGUAUACGUGUCUAACAGCGCUUUGUCAUAUUUUUUGCUGAAUCAAUGGAAAUUUGUUAAUGCAAAGUUGUUAAAUAUAUUGGAUGAUCUCAGCGCCGAUAAUAAAAAAGAGUUUGGAUACCCUUUUCAAACUAUCGAUGUAUUACAAUUUUUUAAAGACGGGAUAAUUGGUGCCAAAAUAUAUUUGUUAAAUGAAAGCAUGAAUUUAGAAGCAUCUAAACGUCACUAUAAAAGAAUGGAAUUGAUUGAUACAAUUAUCAAGAUACUAUUUAUCGUGAUCAUUCUAUGGAUACUUUAUCGUAAGAAUAUAUUCUUUUAUAUUACAAAUAUAUUUUAA